AUGUCACCAGCACCUGAUGUUAAUCAUGAAACAACAACUAUUUUAAGUUCAACAUUAGAUACAACUCUAGUCAAUAAUAUUUCAUUAUUUGAUAAUUCUAAUCAGAAUAUGAUUAAAGAACAAAUUAUCCAUGUUGAUUCAUCAUCUGUUAAUUCAAUGGAAAGUAUAAAUUUAUCGGAAGAUGAUGAUGCUCCAACAGUAACCGAAGAUAAUAUACCACAAUUAACAAUUCGUCCAUCUUCAUCAACUUCAACAGGAGAACAUGAUCCACCAGUUAUAUUUCGUAAACCUUCAAUAUUAGCAAUUAAUACAAUUACUACUAGUAAUACAUAUAAUCUUCCACAAAUUGAAGGAAAAUAUCAAGAUAUUCAAACUACUAUAAAUACAAAUAGUGAUGAUAAUAAUGGUUUUUUUUAUAAAUUUUUUGGAUGUUUUAAACCAUUUAUUUCUGUUAUGCAUCAAUUUGGUGAAAAUAUAAAAUAUCAUAAAAAAACGCCAAAUACAUUAAUAAAAUCAAAUGAUGAUUGGGAAAUUUCAAUUGAUAAUAUUGUUAAUUUAAAAUUUAUUGGUGGUGGUAUAGAAGGUUCAGUUUUUCAUGGAAAAUUAAAUGGUCAAGAUAUUGCAUGUAAACGAGUUAAAUCUAAAGAAGAAACGAAUAUAAAACAUUUAAAAAAAUUAAAUCAUAUUAAUGUUAUUAAAUUUCGAGGUAUUUCUAUAUCACCACCAUUAUAUUAUAUAAUUAUGGAAUAUUGUGCAAAUGGUUCUUUAUAUGAUAAAUUAAAACAAUAUCGUGAAAUAGAUUUUUGUACAAAAGCAACACAAGUUCUUAAUUGGUCAAGACAAAUAUCAAAUGGUGUUGAUUAUUUACAUUCAAAUAAAAUUGUUCAUCGAGAUUUAAAAUCACCAAAUAUACUUUUUUUUGAUAAAAAUAUUUUAAAAAUAUCAGAUUUUGGUAUAAGUAAAGAAUUAAUUAAUCGAAGAAGUUUAAUUAUGUCAUUUAAUGGAACAAGUGCUUGGAUGGCACCUGAAGUUAUUAAAAAAGAACUUUGUUCAGAAAAAAUUGAUGUUUGGUCGUUUGGUAUUAUUCUUUGGGAAAUGGUAACUUGUGCAGUACCAUAUAAUAACAUUGAUCCAAUUGCAGUUAUGUGGGGUGUAGCAAAAGGUACUUUAAAAUUACCAAUUCCAUCAUCUAUACCUGAAUGUUUUAAAUCUUUAAUGACAAUGUGUUGGAAUCAACAACCAUCAAAUCGUCCAUCAUUUCAACAAAUAAUAAAACAUUUAGAUAUAAAAAAAUCUGAAAUAAUAUUAUUUGAACAAGAACAAGAAUAUGCUGAAUUAACACGUUUAUGUUCAAAUGAAAUAAAUGAAAAUUUAUUAAAAUUUUCAACUAUUGAUAUAUCAUCAAUACUUCAAUUAACAAAUGAUGAAUUAAUUGAAAAACGUCAAGAAGAAUUACAAUAUAUUAAUGAUUUACGUCAACGUUAUGAAUUACGUACACAACAAAUAAAUAGACUUUAUAUUGAAUUAAAAACAUUAAUGAUACAAUUAGAACAACGUGAACAAAUAAUUAAAGAAAAAGAAAAUUUACUUAAUAUUAAUAAAAAAAAACGAACUAUUAAUGCAAUAACACAAGCCAGGAAAAAAUCAUUAGAAAUUAUUAAAGCUGCAACACGAAAUUUAAAUGAUCCUAUUAAUUUAUUAUCACAAAAAAGACGAUAUCUUAAAAAAGAUAAUAAACAAUCUUCAAAUAUUCAACUAUCAGCUAAUUUACAUAAUACAUCAAAUCAAUUAAUCAAUAAACAAGAUUUAACAAAUAUAAAAAAUCUAAGUCGACGUAAAAAAAUUUCUGGUCAUCAUCAUAAUAAUAGUAAGGAAAAUGCGACACCCUCCAAUCAUUCAACAACUGAAUCUCAAAAAGAAAGAUAUACUGCAAUAAGUACAAUACAGUUAACAGAUGAAAAAUUAAAUUUAUCUUCAAGAACAACAAUUAAUUCUCCUUUACCAUCGAUAUCAGCUGUUGUUGAUGCAAAAUCCAAAACUAAUAAUUAUGAAUUAAAUCGAAAAAAUUUAAAACUUGAUCUUAAAAAUCCUGUAAAUGAAUUAAUAUUUUCAUCAAAUAAGUGUUCAAAAUAUCGUGAUGAAACUCAUUAUCAUACAUUUCCAAGACAACGUCGACGUCGUUAUAUAAAUAUAAAUAAUAAUAAUAAUAAUAAAACAAAAUAUUCAUCAUCAAUGUCAUCACUUUCAACAAAAUCUAAUCUAUCAAAUGAACAACAUUCACAUAGUGUUAAAUUUCAUUUAUCACCAUUAAUAUUAAAUGAUCAAAGUUCUCAACGACAAUUUAUUAAACAUAUUUCUUAUACAUCAUCUGAAGAAGGUGAAGUAGAAGAUAUUCAUAGUGAUAAUUAUAUUCUUGAUGAUAAAAAACAUCGUGAUAAACAUAAUUGUUCAUCGGAAAGUGAAAUUUAUGGAGAAAAAAAUAAUCAUUCUUUAUUAAAAAAUGAUGGUAUAUUUUCUGAUGAAGGUGGUCAUGUUUCUGAUGAACGUCCUGACUCACGUGAAUCAAUGUUUAAUAGUGAACCAGAACAUGAAUAA